ACCGCACACUACAACAUUAGCAAUCGCGCGCCAUCCGUAGCACGUUUUUCGUUGUCUUGCUCCCGAAAGCGGUCUUUCUUAUCCGCUCGCAUUCAUUAGUAGUGUUAUCGUCAUUGUUACUGUAAUGUUUGACAUUUAUUCUUCGGACAACGACGAGCCACAGCUCAAUAUGUCGGCUUUCCUUAGCCGCGGUCGAUAUUAUUCGAAAAUAAAUAAGGCAAAAAUGAACGACAUCGGUAAAAUGAACGAAUUUAGUUUAUCUGAACAGUCAAGUAAUUGGAAUAAUUUAAAAAUCUCUAUUGAAACUGCAGUACAAAAGUUAAACCCAGGAAAUAUAAGACUUACGAGUACAAAAUUGUUUGAAUUAAACAUUAUACGUGGUAAAGGCCUGUUGUGCCAGUCUAUCAUGAAAGCACAAUCAGAUUCACUCGAGUUUACACAUAUAUAUGCAACAUUGGUUUCUUUCAUCAACUGCAAAUUUCCAAACGUAGCAGAACUGCUUCUGAUAAGAUGUGUUUACUUAUUUACCAAUGCUUACAAAUGCAAAGAAGAGUAUAAGUGUGUACCACCAGUUAUAUUUAUUGCACAUUUGGUGCAUAACAAUGUUGCCAAAGACUGCUUGGUAUUAGACAUACUGAAAAUGUUAAUAAAAACGCCAAAUUUACAUUCAAUUGGCAUGGUAGACAAAAUUAUGAAAAUAUGUGGUAAAAAAUUGAAUUCGAAUCUACAGAAUGAAAAUGACUUAAAAUAUUUGUUUAAUACGUUGCAAAACAUUUCACAAGAUGAACAGAUUGGUAAAUCGGUUCAAUGUUUAGCACUAAUUGUAUUGUCAACAUACCAAAAUCAUUUGGAAGACGAACAGCAGUUUGAUUUAGUAGCGCCUCAUAAACAGUAUACUCAUUCAUUUACUUUAAAUUGUAAAUACAAUCCACAGUAUGAACUAGAUUCUUUUGUGUAUGAUCUGGACUUCAAAUUGAAUGAAAUUAUUUUUAAAAAUAGUGCCAGGCAAAUACUUAAAGAAAAACGUAAAGUUUACUAUUUUGCAAAUUAUGAUUUUGAUGAAAAUAUGGCUGAUGACGAAGAUGAUGGUGAGCCAGAAAUGAACAUCUUAUCAUUAAGUAAUACUAUAGCAAUAAAAAAAGCUAUUAGUAUAAUACUAAAUUUGAAUUUAACCCCCUUUGAGGUUGCUCUUGAAUUAUUGAAAAUUCAAUUGAUAGAUGGUCAAGAGGUGGACCUGUGCAUUGAAUAUUUGGAUUGCUGUUUUGAAAAUUGUGGUGUAUACAACAAGUUUUUUACCGACAUAAUUCAAAGUUUUUGUCUAGUGAACCCUUUAAUAGCUGGUGCUCUAGAAUUCAUUUUCAUGAAGCGUGUGUCCGCUAUUCAUCUUGCAAAACCGAACAGUUUAAAAAGCCUCGCUAAAUUUUUUGCGCAACUUUUAUCAUCAGAUAUAAUUUCUUGGCAAAUAUUUUCAGCUGUUCGCUUGAUUGAAAUCGAAAAAACAAAUUGUGGUACAGUUUUUUUAAAAACGAUGUUCGAUGAAUUGAUUUUACUUAUGGGAAACGAUGAUUUAAAAAAACGUAUUCUACAUCCUUCCUUACAAAGCUCAUUUAUUGGAUUGUUUCCGUUAAAUAACCGCGGUAAUACACUACUUUGCUUUAAUUUUUUCGCGGGUAUUGGUUUGUAUGACGUAAUUUUUAAAUUCAGAGAAUCUUUAUCAAAAGGCGUAGCCGUUUAACUAUUCUUUACGACUGAAAACUUUUUCCUAUUGAUUGCAGUGAGAGCAAUCUUAACAACGCUAUUCAUUAAGUACAUAAUUAAAUAUUGUAUUCUAAUUUAAAAAUAUCUUAUGA